CACUCAAAGUCAUUGCAAAAUUGCCAAAAAAUUAAAUCAAAACAAAACCACAUUUUUGGCCACCAAUUGAUCCCAAGAUCGCCGUCAAAGAGACCACUGAUUGGCUAUGACUUAUUGGAGAACAGCGGGCGUUACGUAAGCACACCAUUAUUGUCUUGCAUAAGAUAUCUGCGGUACAGUUCAAUCGCCGCCCGACAGGUGCGGCAGUCCCUGAAGGUUGACCUGAAGGCGGACCCGAUUAGAGGCACCUCUACUGUCAAGAUAUCGGUCGGCAAGAAGACGGGCGCCGCCGCCGAGAAUAAAUUAAAUACUUUCGGUGAUAUUCACUCCGCAGACCAGUCUCUCUGUGUCACCACUCGGUCGGUGAAUGUGCGGCCCGUUAUAGUUACCAAUAAUCACAUCCAGACUCUCUCUCAAGACAUGGCCGACGCGGCGGACGACGACUUCGAGUUCCAGUUGGCUCAGGAGGAGAGGGAAAGGGAGGCCAAAGCGGCGGUGAAGACACGGGUGGACCCGACGGACGGCACGGAAUACGAGUGGAACGAACACAUGAAGGCC